UGUGCACAAACAGAUAACAUUGAAAGUGGGCGAUUUGUGUGUAUCUUUAUUAUCAUAUAUAUAUAUUUUAAUUAUCUUGAACUUGAUCUGUGUUGAGGACGGAGGUGAGAGAAAGACGGGGAUGUCGGGAGGAAACAAGGCGGUCGAACUACAGUUGCAGAUGCGGCAAAAUGCAGAAGAACUGCAAGACUUCAUGAAAGAGCUUGAUAGCUGGGAGACCGACAUCAAGAAGAAAGAUGAACAGUUGAGAAGUGGUAGUUCUUGCGAAACCGAACAGCGAAGUUUGCCACCUGUCCGAAAUAAGGACUACCGACAAAAGAAGAGAGAGAAGAACAAACCUCCCACCAAGAAUGCGAAGAACCAGCCAAAGCAGCCCAGAAUAAAGUCUUAUGACUACCAGGCGUGGGACAAAUUUGAUGUGAGUAAGGCUUUGGAAACAAUGGACAAAGAGGACAGCCCAGAGCAGUCCGAGUCUGAUUCAGAGGGAGUUCCCAUCGAUCGAGACCUCGCACUUGCCGAAAAGGAGAAGGGUAAUCGACUUUUUAAAGAAGGGAAAUAUGAUGACGCCAUAGACUGUUACACCAGAGGCAUGAGCGCCGAUCCUUACAACCCGGUCUUGCCUACUAAUCGAGCCACGUGUUUCUUCAGGCUUAAAAAGUACGCUGUCGCGGAAUCUGACUGUAACCUGGCCAUCGCUCUGGACAGAAGUUACACCAAAGCAUAUGCCAGAAGAGGGGCAACUCGUUUCGCCCUCCAGAAGUUUGAAUCUGCCUUGGAGGAUUAUGAAAUGGUUCUGAAGCUGGAUCCUGAGAACCUGGAUGCCCAGAAUGAAGUGAGGAAGGUGAAGGAGGCACUGUCCUCGCAGGAAGUGAAAGCCGACAGGAAGGAAGCUCCUGCGAAGGAGUCACCUGCAGCCAAGGAGGGCGAACAGGAGCAAAUCAAAGAGCAGCAAACCAGGCAGCAGGCUGUAAUGCAGAAAGACCUGGGUAAUGCCUACUUUAAGGAAGGGAAGUAUGAGGCUGCAGUAGAGUGCUAUACCAAGGGCAUGGAGGCAGAUGCCACUAAUGCCCUUUUGCCAGCAAACAGGGCCAUGGCUUACCUGAAGCUUCAGAAGUAUAAAGAGGCAGAAGAUGACUGCAGCAAGGCCAUUGCUCUUGAUGGCACGUACACCAAGGCUUUCGCCAGGAGGGGGAGUGCUAGAGCAGCUUUGGGAAGACUAAGGGAGGCCAAGGAAGAUUUUGAACAGGUUUUGAAGUUGGAGCCAGGAAACAAGCAAGCAGUGGACGAACUCAAGAAAAUCACAUCUGACAUUGCUGCCAGCGGGUUGACAACAGAACAAGCAACAGCUGACAGUCAAAGUACGAGAAGAACCGUGCAACCUAUUAACAAACCCCCUCACCUGCGAUCCACUAAGCCUUUAAGGAGAAUUGACAUUGAAGAAGUAGGCGGGGAGAUCACUGUUUUGGAGAAGCGAGUAAUGGCCACGCCCUCCACGUGUGGAGGAGCGGCCCCGCCCCCCUCAGCAGCCGGAGACCAUGCGGAAGAAGCCUCGCCUCUGGGGGGUUCCCCAUGCGCAAAGAUCCAGAAAAUCGAGGAGAUCUCAGACUCUCCCGCACCACCCCCAAAGUGUCCUGAGGAAGGUCAUGCUACAGAUCGACCAGUGAAACAGAAGAAGGAAAAUCUAACCAAUCAGGAGGGAGCCCUCUCUGUGAAUGAGCCAGUCUCCAUCCCCUCCCUCCCAGCAAACAGCUUCCAGCUGGAGGCAGACCUGAGGAAGCUCAAAAACCACCCUGACAAGAUGUACAAAUACUUAAAGCAAAUUGAGCCGGACAUGUACCCAAAGGUUUUUCAGAACUCUCUGGAACCGGACAUUCUCAAUCAGAUUCUGGGGAUAUUUCAGUGUUUCUACAUCAAGUAUGAAGCGCCAUCUCUCAUACUUGAGAUUCUGAAGAACCUGGCAACCGUGAGGCGGUUUGACAUGGCUGUCAUGUUCAUGUCCUCUACUGAAAAGAAAGUUUUACAAGACUUGUUUGAUUGUCUUCGUCAAGCCGGCUUAGAGGAUGAACCUGUCAAAGCUCUGCAGAAGAAAUAUGGGGUUUGACGCCUGUAUUUGAGAGAGAAGCCCAGGACACUGAAAGUUCUUUCAGCAGAGAGCAGACCUUUCAUCCAGCAGAUGACACAUGGGAUUUGUGUUGCCAAGAUAGAGCUGUGACAAAAAAUGGAAAAAGAAAAUGACCAAAAGACAAAAGGAUGGAACAUGGGGAUAUAAGCUGAUGUAGGCGUGUUCGUUGCAGGUGAAGUCCUGCAACAGAAUGAAUAUACUUUUUGAAGAACCCUUUCUUGGAGAACUGUCCAGUUUUAGAGAUUGUCCAGCAACAAUUCAGUAUCCGCCAUGAUUAAAAGGACCCCCUGCCCUUAAUGACAAAAGCAAUGCUCCAGUGUUUACACACUCCUUCUCUCUACACAGGACCUCUGGUUCUGCUCCUUGUGCAGAACAUUCUAGAGUGCCGACUGUGAAUGAAGUGGAGUGUCAACCACAUAUUGUUAUGUUUGAAUGAUUAUUUAAAUGUUUGAAAUGCUCUGUUCGGAUCACCCUAAUGCAGUGGGAUGCUCGAAUGCUAUCUGGAAGUAGAAAUAAAUUUCCAU